UGUGCGCUGGCUGGGGGAUUGGCCACAUGAUCUAAGGCCCUCCCUAGAAAGAUUCUAGGUUGUGUUUAUCUGGGUUACAUCCCCUGGAGCUCUGGAAGCUGGCAUCUACUUUCCUUUCAGAAGUUAGUGUGGUACAACCAGCACCCUCACCUGGCUCACUGAUCAGGUGGUUUGUGUGCUCAGGUGUGGGUCAUGUGCUCCGGUGAGCAACAAGAAGUUGUUUAUGCUCUUCAUUUCUGAAAAGUCAUAAGACACAGGCAAGUUAAAAACCGAAAGUGAAAUCAGCUGAUAGUGACAUCAGUCAGCACAAAUGUACCAAAGUUCAGAGUUGUUUACUUGGACACUGCUGUGAAUGCAGACAGGACACUAGCUCCGGGCUGGGGAUUGCAGCUGCUCUCCUCUGCCCUAGUUCCUGGAGCCUGACAUCAGAAAGCAGCCCAGGAGAGAAUCCAUUCCCCGGAGUCGAUUUCCUGUGUCACCUUUUGAUGAGUGUUCGUGGGCUCUAGCCUUGGUUUUCGUACUCAGCGAGGGAGGUGAAGAGUGAAGCCUCGUUACCAGCCUCUGAAGUCUGUAUUUCCAGGAGGAAGCCGAAUGGACAUCCCAACCCUGCUGGUCCCCCUGCAAGCGCAGAAGAAAUGGCUAUCCCCAGGCCAUGGCGGAGCAACUGCCUGCCCUUUGUGGGCAUCAUGAUCCUCGUGGCUGCGGUCCUCUCCCUGAUGGCCUACGCUCUCCUCUGGAAGGCUGGUAACCUCGCUGACCUGCCUCACCUGAGAGUCGGCUUCUACAACUUCUGCCUGUGGGAGGAGGACACUGGCUCCCUACAGUGUUACAACUCCCCUGAGCUGGAGGCGCUGGGGGUUCCCCGGGUUGGCCUAGCCCUGGCCAGGCUUGGUGUGUAUGGGGCCCUGGUCCUCACAAUGUUUGCCCCUCUGCCCCUCCUCCUCGCCCAGUGCAACAGUGAUACAGGAGAGUGGCAGCUGGCGGUGGGCUUCCUGACGGUGUCCUCCGUCCUGCUGGCCAGUGGACUAAGCCUCUUCCUCUCGUACGUGUGGAAGUGGGUCAGGCUCACCUUCCUGGGGCCCGGCUUUCUAGCUCUGUGCCUAGCCCAGGCCUUACUCAUCUUCUUGCUUAUAGCCACUGUUAUGUUCCCUCCGAGGGAGAAGAAGGACAAGGGCAAGUGGGAGAACUGUUAGCCCAGUCUAGAGGCUUAUGGGAUCACAAGGGUUCCAGCUGCGCUCACUCCAAGGUGCCAGAGAACCUGUGGCUGGGCGGGUCCUCUCAACCAUCUUGUUCCACAGCUAAUGUUGAGCCCAAGCUCGGGCAGGGGGACCCACCCACCGCGUGGCAGGGCUGCGGUGUCAAGGAGCCCAGAGGCAUCCUGGAUGGCUGGGGUACCUGCAGCCCGCAGUGUCCUUCCUUACUCUGGAGGACUCUAAAAACCAAGUAGCUCAUUAGCACGGGGGUCCUUGCUUCAAUCAGCCCCUCUGAGCAAUUCUCACGAUAGCUUCAGGCAGGUGAGAGCCUGACUGUCAGAGGCCAGAGUUCCAAGCUGAUUUGCCAAAGUGUCAAACAAGAACUCUGUGAAAGUGUAUGGCAACAACUGGAAUGGUUAGAAGAAACUGCUUUACCAUCAAGUCCUGUUAGCAAGCUUCUGUUCCUUCAUCGUGAUGAGCCCCACACCAGAACUCCAGGCCUGGGGGUCCAGGAAUAACCUCACAAAGACUCAGCUAAGAAACACAGGGCACAAAGAGAAGCCUUGCUGGCUUUGUGGGGUCCCCCAAAUGGGCUCUUGGACCUGACGCCACACUGUCAAACCAUUCUUGUGACCCAGGAAUGCAGAUCAAGAUGUGCCAAAGCCUUGACGGUGAACAGGACUUCAUAGUCACACACAAACACACACUGCAUCCCCUCACCUUGCCCAAAACUGGAAAGGGCAGAAACACGGUCCUUAUUAUGCAUUGGGGCAUCAUUAUAUUACGCAUCGGGGCGUCAUUAUGUAUUUCUCAAUGUCUGUAUUGCACAAAACCUACAUGGCAACGAGUUCUUCAUUCUAUGCUCUUGAAAAGCCACAAUGAACACAAAGAAAUGA